CCGGCGCCAUCGAUCCGAUUGAAUUGUUCUGCAUACAGCAUAUAUGGUGCAUAUACACACAUAUACAUACAUACAUACAAAGAAGUUUAUAACAUAAUGGGAGGAAGGAGAGGAGUAGGAGGAGAAGGGCCGUCGUGGCCGCCGCUGCCGCCGCUGCCGCCGCUAGACAGGAAAUCGUCGAUAGAGAGUGAACCGCCCACGCUCAGUGGCGACCAAAUCCAAGUCGCUCGGGUACGUUUGACUUAUGUCUUUGAUUUUGAUGGUUUUUUAUAAGGUGCUUGCUAUGGUACGUAACACAAAUAGGAGGGUACCAUACCAAGGAUCAUUUCAUUGGUUCAACUCAAAGUUUUACGUUUUAUUUGCAUUUAAAUUAUUCAAUUGAAAUUUUUUUAUUUGUCCAUACCAUCAAGGUACGAAAGUACUAUAGAAAUUGCCUUUUGAUAAUAUCGUACGUGAGAUCAUUUCUUGUUAUCUAUGUGAUCUGUCAAACGGAGUACUUGUGCGGCUUCUGCCACUCUUGAAUAAGUCCAACAUUAUUUCAUGUUUGAUUACUCACUUCGUCCCAUAAAAUAAGUCUUAUUUUCCUUUUUGGGCCGUCCCAAAAAAUUGUUCCCAUUUUCCUUUUUGGAAAGUUUUGUGUGGCUAACAUUUAUUUACCUUUUUCUUACUCAACCACAAACAUACAUUUCCACUUUAUUCUCACUUUCUUAAACUCCGAUCCAAGUCAAAGUGAGACUAAUUUUCCGGGACGGAGGGAGUACAUUUUAGUACUUUCUUUUAUGGAAAAAAAAUUGUCAUUCUAAAUUUUCUAAAUUUGAAUUUUUUUAUUUCUUUAAUAAUAGAGAUUUUGAUACGUUGAUAAGUAAAAGUUGAGUUGAAUUGUGCAUUCGUAAAUGUGAAAGUUAGAGAUUGACAAGAAAUAAUGGUCAUAUACGGAGUAUAAAAGUGGUGAAGUUAAGGAUAUGAAUUAUGUAAGAAACUGACGACCCUCAGCUAGUAGGAUAAAAAGCAGAAGUAAACCGUCACGGGUAGCACAGUUGGUUCAGUGGUGGGAAAUUUGGACCAAGUGACCAAUGUUAGAAACCCGCAGCGGCCGUGUGGAGGUCACAGAACUUGAAAUAAGGCUGGGCCUCUGGUGCGCACGGGAAAAAGGCCUACCAUCAUUGGACCGAAUGAGUCACUGUGAUUAACAUCCUCCCAAAAAUCCUGUAGGGUCGGGAUAUGGGGCUCCUGAUGUGGAAGAUUACACCUUUUGGACCAAAAAUAGAAGAGGCAGCACUUUGUGUGAUGAACAAUGCAAGUGUGGAAGAAGCUGCAAGAAUUUUCACCGAGGGAUUAGAAGCAGUAGUUAGUUGCGUACAUGAUGAUGAUCGUGGCGGCGAGAAGCGAACAAGAACGUUCAUUCUGGACUAUAGAGAUGACGAUGAACAACAAGGCCACCAAGCUCCAAUUGCACCUGCCCCUCCUUUUAGAGAAAUCGCAACUGCACCUUUCUAAUUUGAUCGUUCUAAUAUGUAGAAAUUAAAGUAGUAACAAAUAGGUAAGAGUAUCCUCAAUGUUACAAUGUGCACGGUGCAUAUGUGGCAUGAGAGGUAACCACAUAAAUAUUAGAAAAUAAAUUAUCUAUUUCCUUAUUUGAAUGAUUUUAUACAAUUUUGAUAAGUUUUUUCCUGCAAUGUCAAUAUCUAGACGGUCUCCUUGACAUUGUGGAUAAAAACUUAUCAAAAUAGUAUAAAAUCAUUCAAAUAAGGAGAAAAAAUUUGUUUUUUAUUUAAAAAUAUUUAUGUGUCUAUCUUUCAUGUCACAUGUACAUCAUGCACGUUGAAGCAUUGGAGAUGGGCUCUAAUGUAAAAAGUUUAUCAUUUGGAUACUCUACCAAAUCGAAGCAGACCAUAACUUGGAACUGAACUGGUCAGUCGAUAUCAAAACUAAAGUAGGACCAGACAAAACUAUAGAUUGUGGAACAAAUUCGCAAAAGAGCCAAUCAGUUCAAUUCAACAAUCAAGCAUCUUCGAUCAGCAAUUUAUUCAAUUUCUUUUAUCGAACUCUUGCAAUGUGACUAUAGAUCUAUACUCCAGGUGCCGAAAACCAUGGGUUAGAAUUCACAAAGCAAGAAAAAAUAAGAGAAAAUCUCAAAUAGGUCUUCGUACUUUAGUCAAUUCCUCAAUAGACCCUCAUACUUCCGAAUCACUCAAUCAAGUCCACGUACUCACCCAAAACACUCAAUUAUGAUUAUUAGCCUGUGCAUAGCCGGUUUACCCGUUAUAAGGUGACCUGGACUCCUAUGUGGCAUUCCAUUACCCGACAACUUAACCUGGUGUGGCUAUCCCAUACUAAAGUCUAACCCUCUCCUAAGCAUCUAACACAAAUCCUUCUCAGUUCUCCCUUGGUAUUCGCCCUCCCCUCCCUACGAUUGUGUGAUUCUACCAGCCUUCACAAGUAUGUCGUCUUCAUCAUCAUCAACGAUUGUAAAAGAAUGAAGUCGUACUAUGGACUACGAGCAUGCUGUUUAUUGUUGGUGUGGAUUGAAAGCUCCUCUAUGUGUUGGACGAGAGAGUGGGAGAACUAUUUAUGACUAUCAAAAAUGGAAGGUUGGGGGAUGCGGUUUUUUCUUAUGUAAGGAAGAAGUAGGAAUAAAAGAAAUUGUCAGGGAUGAAGAGAUGAAAGAACUUGUUAUGGCUGAAGAGAAGAGCGAAAGCGCAGAUGAAUUGAAAAAAUUAGUUGAAGGACUUGUCCUACAGAUUUCACAUGUACAGAGUGAUGUUGCUUGUGUCAAAACUGUGAUUGACAAUGAGGCGAAGGUGAACAAAAAGAGUAGGAAGUUGUAUGGGUUAGCUAUGAUUGUACUUCUUGGUUUAGUGGGGAGUGUGUAUUUGAGGAUGUAAGCUUGGUUUGCAAUGGCAGAAUUCUUUAUGUGUUGGUCAUGUGUACUGUUUAUCAGUCUGUUAGUUAUGUAAUGGCUUUGUACUGGCACAAUGUUGCUUGAAGUAUUCAUUAACAGCUUGGUUGUUAUGGCUUUGUAAUGGCACAACGUAAUGGCAC